AUGUUGUCGGCCGUCCACAUCGACCCACGCGACGACCACGCGCCGCCCACGCGCCGCCCACGCCAAGCGCCACCAACGGGCGUCUCCGCUGACCUCUUGCUCUUGUCCACCACCGCGGCUGCAGCGAGGACUCCGGCGCUGGGAAAGAGGCCGGCGGAUGUGGCCGGUUCCAGAGACGCCUCCAACGCCAUUGUCGCCAUCAUGGAAGUAUACUGCGUGCUACGCGGCCAUAACCCUGGCUUCUACUUUGACUGGUACGGUCCGAAUGGUGCCGAGAAGCAGGUCUCUGGAUUCCCUCUCUGGCAAAAUCUCCUAGCCUACUUCUUUGAUUUAUUCAAAUUCAUUUCAGGACCAGGAAGGGAUCCAUACAGUCCAGCGGUGCCGAAUCUGCCAUCCGAGAAGCCCGCAGCUGGUUGUACCUGGGGCUGUACAACCUUCCAUACCUAUGCUGGUUGGUCUAUCAAGCUUGCUCAGGGCUCACUGGAGGCUGUUCGCGAAGUCGCCCACCAAAAGCAAGUAUGGAAACGCUUCUCGGAUACAGACGUCUUGAUCAUCGACGAAACCAGCAUGGUAGAAGCGAAUAUGUUAACACGACUGUCGGCAAUGAUGGACGAGGCAUUAUCAACACCUGAUAACCCAAUCCCUUUUGGUGGCGUUCAAGUACUCAUUGCCGGUGAUUUCCUGCAAUUACCACCUGGCCAGGCGUACGUUGCACUUUCAGGGGCGAAGUCGUUGACAGGGAUGACGGUGCAGACCAUGCCACCACCAUCAAGGCUGAAGCCGGACAAGACAGUUGAGGCAUUCAUGGAGAGGACAUUUGAGGUACAUUUUUCAGCAGCUCGUCGAACACCGAACCCUUCGGCGAACGUCUCGGGACACUUGUGGCUGACGCCGAUCUUUGCCAGACGCAGACUCAUGAUUCCAUACUAUGAAUGCACUGCUCUCAAUCAACUUUGGAAUCUACACAAUCUUCCGGUCCAGCGCUGGCUGUUGUGGAACCUUUUGAUCGUCCAAUGUCCACUGAUCGAUGUCCAGGCCAACCCGCAUCCGCUUACGCCAUACCAUUGUGUGUGUCAAGGAUUGAGUUAUGCGCGACCAUACGGUGAAGCUGAUGCCGGAGCUUCAGGCCUUUUUUCUUUCAUUGCAUCCAGCAUACACACACAUCUAAACAUCAUUCUAACAGCGAUGAUGGACGAGCACGGGAAUGGUGCUUCGAAGGAGCGACGAGAUACAGAGCAAGGCAUUCCACAGCAGCAUGACCAAGGCAAGGUUAUGUUGGCGAGCGCUGUCCUGUCGCACUCGCUGGCACCUGAAGAUCCCGUCAAUCCCCAGAACUGGCCUUUCGAUCGACGCAUUUUGACUUCAUUUCAAGCCUGGGCAUGCGCUUUCUCAGUCGCUAUAGGUCUUACUACCUGCACGGCCGCCAAAGUCCCUUUCGCUAGGCAUUUCGACCUCAACCCGAUGAUACCCGAGGACUUCAUUGCCGGCUUCUCGCUGUACUUGUUUGGAAUCGCCUUUGCACCGAUUUGGGUCCCGCACGUCACGGAGAGAGUAGGCAGAUCCAUCUCCUACCCAACCUAUCUCUUCCUGAACGCGAUCUUCAAUCUUGGCGGAGGGCUGUCCCGAACAGUCACAGGGUCUCGUCUGCCGCUUCUUUGCGGGAUUCUUUGGCGGACCAUGUUUGAUAUCUGGAGUGCGGAGACGACGAACACCUACUAUGCUGUGCAAGGUCUGGCCAGCUUUGGGGUGCUGCGUCCCUUCUUUGGAGGCUACCUUGUGAAUGCCACAAAUGACUGGCGCUGGACGCAAUACUUUCCCGUCUGUCUCGCUGCAGCACUAUCAGCGCGAGAUCCCUCCCAGUCUCCUGCAGAAUCAGGCGUGACUUUGCCAAAGAUGGCCAAAGUGACGAUCCUUCAGCCAUUCACAAUGUUGUUCACUGAGCCUGUCGUCACAUUGUGUACCACUAUCAUGUUUAUUACCUGGCUCUUGACUUUCCAAUGGUUCAUCUCGGUACCUGCUGCAUUGGCACCUGUGCCGCCCACGGGGCCCGGCUUCUCUAUUGUACGAAUCGGCAAAGCAUUCCUGGGCGCGGUCUGUGGAUCGGGACUGGGAGCGAUCUCAGUCAUCGCGAUUGAGCAGCUGUCCAAUGCACAUGUCCGGAGAUACCUGCCCGAGGAGCUCCGGAACAGUGCACGAGCAAUCGACUACCGCGUGUUGCCUGCAAUUCCUGGAACAAUGUUCAUCAACGGCGCUUUGUUCUGGGUUGGUAAGAAUCAUCCAUCAAGUCCCCUCGUUGACACACAGCUGACGUAUGCCUGCAGCCAACACCGUCAAUCCAAAUCAUCAACCCAUCGUGCCGAUUACUGGCACAGCCUUCUUCAUUUGGGGCUCGUCAAUGAUCACUUUCUCGAUUGUGCCUUACACUUUCGAUCUUUUCGCACCGGCUGGGACCCUAAGCGCGAUUACGUCUCAGGCUGUUGGGCGUAUUCUGGCUGGAGCACAUCACGAGCGAUCUGA